UGCGUUCCACUCUUCUUCACCAUCAUGUGUUUCUACGUGGUACCGCUUUUUGCCACUGGACCAGACACCAAGUCAUUCUUUUUAAAGCUUUACGACGACGUAGCGGAGAACUGGUGGCGCUUCCUUCUUCAGAUCAGAAAUUUCUUCGAGCUGACCCCGCAGACCGUGCUCGGCCAUACGUGGUACCUUUCAGCAGACUUCCAGCUUUUCGUCAUCUCGCUUCUCACGCUGCUAUUUUUCAAAAGCCGGAAGACGCUGGCACUAGGAGCGUUUGCCCUACUUUCUCUUCUGGGCUGCGCCUUCGCUAUAUGGACCAUAUCAGGAUCCAAGAUGACCCCGUUUGUCGUGUUUCCUGCAGAGACGCCACAAAUUGUGAUGCAAACCGCCAACGAAUACUACAUACGACCUUUCUAUCACGCCGUUUGCUACUUCAGUGGCUGCAUGGCGUUCCUUGUCAUUGACGACAUGAAGGAACGAAAGAUGUCAAAAGGUGUGCAGUUGGUGGGGUGGUGUGUGGCCAUUGGCUGCUGCUUUUGCUGCGUCUUCAUGAAGCACGCCUGGUACGCGAGUCCGAAUCCUACUUCGGAGGCCGGAAAGCUCUUCGCGGCGUUCUUUGACCGCGUGCUGUGGUCUGUGUUUCUCUCUUGGAUCACGCUGGCGUGCUCCACGGGUCGAGGAGGUUUCCUCAGCAAGUUCCUAUCCUUCAACGCAUUUGUGCCGCUGAGCAAGUUGUCAUUCGGCGUCUACCUUAUUCACUUCCCAUUCAUCCAGCUCAUGUUACACGCGUCCAGGGAGCGCGUCUUCUGGUCACACUUCAAUCAGAUCACGCUGUUUUUUGCGCUGAUGGUUUGGAGCUUCCUUCUGGCGUACCUGGAGUACCUAGUAUGCGAAGGCCCCACCGCAGUCCUGGACAAGCUCGCCUUCCAGAGGCUCGCUAGGAGACCCAAUCCUUCUAGAAACCAAACGCAAGAGCAGCGGCCGGACGGUAACGAAGAACUGCCGGAGAAAAAAGCGGAAAACGGCCGCGUCAGCUCUCUGUUGACAAACGGCAAAGUGAACGGCUACGGUCUACCCGAUCCGUGGAACGGUGAUGUGCGUUGUCUCUCAUGGCGAUCACAGUGGGUGCCUCAAAGGUUGUGAUUACUUGCCGUUGCG